GCCCACAGCGAUUCCACUCGACUCCGCCGCGGCCCCCAUGGCUCUCGCCCCCUCCCACCACCUCGUCGGCGUCGCCCCCUCCGCCUACGCCGCCGCGGCCGUCUCCCGCCUGCCGCGGCGGGGGCUCCUCCGCUCCGGAUCCGCGUGCCCUGCUCCGCUCGCGGCCGCGCGGAGAAUAUGUUGCCAAUCUGUCAACUCAGCUAAUGUGUUGGGAGCUUCUUCGAAGACAUCUUAUGAGGGAGUCCCAGUCCCAGUCGUCAUGAUAGAUCAAGAUUCAGACCGUGAUGCGACCAUUGUACAGUUGAGUUUUGGAGACCGUUUGGGGCCACUACUUGACACGAUGAAGGCACUCAAGGACCUUGGCCUUGAUGUCACGAAAGGAACUGUGGCAACUGACUCAGCUGUCACAAAAACAAAGUUCCACAUCAUGCGAUUUGGGCGCAAAGUCGAGGACCCUGACAUGUUAGAGAGGAUACGGCUAACCAUCAUUAACAAUCUUCUGAAAUAUCAUCCUGAAUCGAGCGAGAAGUUAGCAAUGGGUGAAUUUUUUGGGAUAAAAUCCCCUGAGAAGAAGAUUGAUAUUGAUAUUGCAACUCAUGUGGUUGUUGAAGAUGAUGGUCCAAAAAGAAGCAUGCUUUACAUAGAGACAGCUGAUCGGCCUGGCCUACUUCUGGAAAUAAUCAAGAUCAUUGCUGACACAAACAUUGAUGUGGAGUCUACUGAGAUCGACACUGAAGGUUUGGUUGCCAAGGACAAGUUCCAUGUGAGCUACAGAGGUGCAAAACUAAACAGCUCCUUAUCUCAGGUGCUGAUCAAUUGUCUGCGCUAUUACCUCCGAAGGCCCGAGACGGACGAAGACAGCUAUUGAUCGUUAUGUUGUCCAGCCUUCCAAGGACUUCAAAUCAGAAAGCUAUGAACUCUGCCUUGUGUUUCUUUUCUUGAAGUGCCUUGCACAUGAAAUCCCCCUUGUAGCAAACAAAAUGUGGUUCCUCUGUUCCCAAAAUGCGUCUAUAUUAAUACUUAGAUAGUUAGAAGAUGGCAAUGGAUUUGGGUAUCAAAUCAGUUGGAUACUUUGUAGUCAAACAGCUGGGAGCUUCAGGCUUAGGUUUCAGUGGCUGUUAUCCCAUUCGAUUCUGAUUGUGAUGGGUAACAUUGGAAUGUAAAGUACUCGGCUAUGAUGUGUGCUGUGAUGGAAUAAUGGAGCAUUGCCAAAUUACAGGGACAAGCUUUGGUUCCUGCUUCCUA